UCUAAGGUGCCUCACAGCGGGUUCCAUAGGAGUGCUCUGUUCUGAUGAUACUUCAUGGAAAUCAGAUUUCUACACUUGCAAUAUGGCCAGUUUCUGGUUUCUCCACAUUCUCUGCAUGUUUGUUUACAGGUAACCAUGGCGACUGAAAGCGAGCGUGUCAUGUGGGAGUCUCAGCUCGUAGCGUUCUUCCUUUUGCACAAUUUGGAAAAUGGCGGCUUUACCGGUAAUCAGAAUGCUACCCAGCGGACCUCCAGUGGUCUAGUUUAGUUUUCUCCACUGAACAGACUCUGAACUCUUUCUCCUCCAGUGGUCUAGUUUAGUUUUCUCCACUGAACACAGACUCUGAACUCUUUCUCCUCCAGUGGUCUAGUUUAGUUUUCUCCACUGGACAGACUCUGAACUCUUUCUCCUCCAGUGGUCUAGUUUAGUUUUCUCCACUGAACAGACUCUGAACUCUUUCUCCUCCAGUGGUCUAGUUUAGUUUUCUCCACUGAACAGACUCUGAACUCUUUCUCCUCCAGUGGUCUAGUUUAGUUUUCUCCACUGAACAGACUCUGAACUCUUUCUCCUGGACAGACUCUGAACUCUUUCUCCUGAACAGACUCUGAACUCUUUCACCUCCAGUGGUCUAGUUUAGUUUUCUCCACUGAACAGACUCUGAACUCUUUCUCCUCCAGUGGUCUAGUUUAGUUUUCUCCACUGAACAGACUCUGAACUCUUUCUCCUCCAGUGGUCUAGUUUAGUUUUCUCCACUGAACAGACUCUGAACCCUUUCUCCUCCAGUGGUCUAGUUUAGUUUUCUCCACUGGACAGACUCUGAACUCUUUCUCCUCCAGUGGUCUAGUUUAGUUUUCUCCACUGGACAGAGACCCUUUGGGGGGUCUGCAGUGGAGGAGCAGCGUUAGAGGUCUGCUGGAGCCCUCUCUGAGAGUAUUGCACUUCAGAGAACACUGCACGUGAUUUCUCUAUUAAAGAUGAUCUUAAGGUAGCAGGUAUAGUGUGGGACCCCCUGUGGAGCACAUCAUGGUGCUUUGGUUUAUUCCCAGAAAUGUGUGAUCACUGUUGUUAGAACUUUGAAGUGUUUGAAAGGUGCUUGCUGACUCUGCAGGCUCUCUUCUGAUUGGUCCUUUAAAGACUCAUUAAAGUGUGCUGGAUGGAGGAGAAGCAUUUUUCUCUGCUUCCACUGAGAGGGAGUGGUGCACCGCUCACAACAACAAACUCUCUCCUUUAAUUCACAUGCACGCGUGUGUGCACGUUACAUGUCCGCGUGCACAAAUGCGCACGCGCCUCCCGCCUCCUCCUCCUUCUGUAUUUCCGUAGUCCUGCAGAGUUUGGCGCGUGCAGAGCAGAAGGAGUUUACCCACAGAGGAGAGAGGAGCGCGCGCUGAUCACAGAGAACUGAAACAGGUAAACAGGUGGGCUCGUGCCAAACGCCUCUACACCUGGACUCCAGCUCUCCUGGGAUUUGAGGUCCUCUUUUAGGUCCUCAUGAUGAUGAGCCGCCCCGCUCUCUGACAGAGGGAGAUGAUGAUGAUGAAGAUGAUGAUGAAGGUUCUCAGUCUUUGACCAGAACCGGUCUAAGAUGCCACCGGGCCCCGGAGCUCGGCACGCGGCUCGGAUCGUGAAAAACCCGGGAUAACUAAACACAGACAAACACACGCAGGACGCCAGCACUGAACCCGAACCGAACCGGGUCGAGCUGAUCCGGGACAGAGAGCGGAGCGCCGGGGAGCAGAGAGAGGACAGGUGAUUUGGUGAAAUCAUCCUACCUGUCCUCCUUCAGGUCGGCAGGAUGCAGCUCCCGACCCUCCCCGUCCUGUCUGCGCUCCUGGUGCUGCUGUUGGCGGCAGGUCGCUGCACGGCGGCGGCGGCCCUGCUCAUGGGAGACGGACGCGCCAUGAUGGACAUGGUCGGCCGGUACACGAGGACGAGGCCGGUGGCGGGAUUCUCUGGACAUGGAGUUAAAACAGGAGAGAGAGAGAGCAGGUCACACAGCAGAGCAGAGGGUCACCACAGAGAUCCUCAACACAAGGACAAGUUCAUCACACACCUGACAGGUCCUCUCUACAUCAACCCAAAGUGCAGAAAACAUUUCCACAGACUGUACUACAACACCAGAGACUGCACAGUACCUACCUAUUAUAAAAGAUGUGCUCGUCUGCUGACUCGGUUGGCCAACAGCCCUCGCUGCUCGGAGAGAUAAACACUCUGCAGCCUCUGUUGACACAGAAGAAGAAGAAGAAGAAGACGAAGAAGAGGAAGAAGAAGAAGAAGAAGACGAAGACGAAGAAGAGGAAGUCCUCCAGCCAAUAGAAAGUCCUCUGAUUCUGUACCAGACUUCUGGAACUGCUCAGCGUUACAUCACACUCUGCACAUGCUCAGUCAGUUAUUCACUGAAGUUAAACAUUUUGAAACUCAAACUUGGGAAUCCAUCAUCUCCAACCCAAACUCUGUUAGCUUUAAGCUAACUCCACGUCUUGGAGACGGAUCAGGACUCUAGACAAAUCCUCAUCCUGAUGUAGUUAGUUCAGCAUCUCACAGCGUGUUCUCAUUAACAAGGUCCUCAGACCUGGACCUGGUACUGAUCCUAGCUAACAGGUCCUCAGACUGGGACCUGGUCCUG